AUGUCUGACCCAACUUGGCGAAAUACAAUAAACAACAACCCGAUACAACAAAGUAUUCGUCAAUUUCUUAACAAAUUUCCAUUGAAAACGUACCGAACUCUACAUAGACCACGAGAACUUGAUUGCUCAAAGUUAUAUAUAUGGGGAUCAACGAAAACUUCUUUAGACCAGGAAUGUGUAAAGUGGCAGGUUUAUUUGAAAUUUAGUAAAUAUGAUUUCGAAAACGAGACUUCUAAUGAACCGUUAAUGUCUCCCUCGGGAAAACUUCCAUUCUUAGUAUUAACCACUGGUGAGAAUCUUGUGAAUGAUGCCAUAGAGAGAUAUAUAUCUGAUAGGUAUUCUGCAAAUUUUGGAAGUUUAAGUAAUGAACAACAAGCAGAUUCACAAGCGUAUAUUGCAUUGGCAGAUACAAAGUUACGAAAUGCCUUGUAUAAAAAUCUAGCAAUCAAGGAAUUAUUAACAAGAAAGCCAGUGUUAAAUGGUGAAGAAAUAUAUCAAGAAGCAGCUGAAGCAUUACAAUCAAUUUCAGUUGCUUUGGGAGAUAAAGAUUUCUUUUUUGGAAGUUUGCCUACCUUUAUUGAUGCAAUUAUUUUUUCAUAUACUCAUGUAAUGUUGGCUAUCAAAACUAAAGAACUUACAGAGUUGGUGCAAAAACAUUCGAAUCUUAUUAAAUUUUAUAAAAGAAUAAAUAAUGAUUAUUUUUCAUUAGAAUUUUAA